AUGGCGAAUGAUGAAGAUGAGCAAGAUACUCGUCCGGUGGGAUUCUGGCAUCGCGAUUUAAACGUGACGAGGAAAUACGUUGUUAAGAAGUGGAUUAUUACGACCGUCAUCCUCUCCAUAGCAAUCCUAUCCAUUCUUUCUAUUUACUGGAGCGUCCUCUUCCACGUCGAGAAAAACCUCUCGGCGCUAGUAGUCUGGGUAGUAGAUUUCGAUGCACAAGUUGCACCUUACACAGACACAACUCCAAUAAUUGGACCCGAGAUUGUGAAGGCCGCCGAGGCACUAAUUGCUCCUAAAGGUGCGCUGGGGUGGGGAAGUUUACCGGCGAGUGAUUUUGGAUAUGAUCCAAUGGAGGUUAGGAGGAGAGUUUGGGAGUUUGGAGCUUGGGCUGCCGUAAUAAUCAAUGCAAACGCAACAGCCCUCCUGCAAGAUGCCGUCCGAAACGGCAAUUCGACUUUUGAUCCCAUGGGAAUUGCUCAAGUGGUCUACGUACAAGCACGAGACGAAACGACCUAUGCCAACUAUAUCACCCCACAGCUACUUCAAUUUCAAUCCUCUGUAACCGCCAUGUUUGGCCAGCAAUGGGCUGCACAAGUAGCGGAUCAAGCAGCUGCCAACCCAGCUAUAUUGUCGAAUAUACGAAAUAGUCCCCAGGCAGUCUCACCCGCUAUCGGGUUCUCGACCUUCAAUCUUCGACCUUUUACUCCGCCUGUUGCUACGCCAGCUGUCAGCAUCGGUCUCAUUUAUUUAAUCAUCAUUUCUUUCUUCUCCUUCUCCUUCUACCUCCCUGUCCAUACAAAAUACAUAACUCCUCAAGGUCAUCGACCCCUUCAUUUCUACCAAAUGGUUAUCUGGCGCUGGCUAGCCACCAUCGUCGCCUACUUCUUCCUCUCUCUCUUCUACUCGUUGCUAUCCCUCGCCUUCCAGAUCCCCUUCUCAACAGGCCACAAAUCGAUAACUUCAGUCGAAAGCGCCACGGCCUAUGGAAAAGGCACAUUUGUAGUUUUCUGGAUGCUCAAUUGGGUAGGUAUGGGCGCGUUAGGUAUUGCCUGUGAGAAUGUGACUAUGAUUAUUGGACAGCCGUGGACCGCGCUUUGGUUGGUUUUUUGGGUUAUCACAAACGUUUCGACGAGCUUUUACUCGAUUGAUUUGGCGCCAAAAUUCUUCUAUUGGGUCGUCGAAGCCAGUCGCCAACUCCUCUUCGACCUACACUCCCGCAUCGGUCUCAAUUUUGGCGUCCUAUUCGCCUGGGUCGCAAUCAACACUCUCCUCUUCCCCUUCUGCUGUUAUUUCAUGCGCUGGCAAACAUUAAAAGGUCAGGAAAAAACGAUGGAUAAGAGAGGGAAUGCCAAGGAAGAUUCUGAAAGUAAAGGGGUGGAAGAAGCUUGA